AUGGAGGAAAGAUUACGGAAGUCUGAGGCUGGAGGAAAGACCAGUUCAGAGAGAACUGAAGUCAAGAUAAAGAACCAUCUUCUUUUCUGGACAGUCCAGGCCAUUUUUGUUAAGGCUGUUUUGCUACACCAAGAUGAAGAUGAGAGGAUCAUUCUUGUUGAUGACAAAUGUAAGUGGGCCCAGGUUAUUUGCACCAUCAUCUCUUCUACCAAAGAUCCUAAUGAGGACAUUGCGGAGAGAAACAUCCAAAUUGCUGUUCUCCUGGACAACAAGAAGAAUAUCUCUGAUCCCAUCUCAAGGUUGAGAACCAAAUUUGUGUACCAUUUGUCGUAACUCUGUAAAAAAUGCGAUCCUACGGAAGUGGAACUGGAUAAUAGAGUUCCUGCUACCCAGAGCAAUAUCCAUGACGAAGACAGUGCCACAGAGAUAUGCCACACUGAUGUCAGAAACAAGUGCUACACAACUAUGGUCCUGCUUAUAUAUGGUGGUGAGACCAAAAUGGUGAAAAUAGGCUUGACCCCAGGUUCCUGCUAUCCUGACUAA